AGAGACUAUUGGGCAGGUGUGCAUUACUCUAAUUGCUAAUUACCUUUUUUGUUAUUCCUUUUCAGUUAUCAAAGAGGUAUCCAUAGAAAGCAGAUGUGAAAGCACUGGAGGAUUCAAGAGUGUGAAUAUCAUAUGGAAACCACUUCAUAAGGAUUUCUCUAAUUUGACUACUUACAGGGUGUCAUAUUGCACUCGUGGGUCUACUUGUGUUGGGCAGUAUCAGUUAGGUUGUACACUGAACACGUCUGAUUCAUUACAGAAGGAAUUAUUGCAAUGCAGCAUUAUUGCAAAAGAUCUAUUUCCUUUCCAAUUUUAUUUUAAAGUGGAGAUACAAAGUUCAGAUGGAGUUCAUUUUAUAAGCAAAACAAAGGCCUGUCGUCUGCUAACAAAUACUCGUUGCACAAUUCCACAAAACCUAACAGCUACAGCAACUGGAAAAAAAGCUCUUUCUGUGACAUGGAAACCCCCGCUAUUCAUGGGGCAACUAGCCUCAUAUCUCUGUUUUAAAAUACUGUAUGCUCCAGCACAAGCCAAAAAAAAUGAGAUCUUGGAAUUUUCCACCAACACUUUCCACCAUACAAUUUCUGAUCUCUCUCCAUAUACAGCAUACACACUGUAUAUACAGUGUGGCUUUGCUGACUGUGUUGGGGGCUGGGGAUUGUUGAGUAGACCUGUCACUGUAAGGACUAAUGAAGAAGCACCAGCUAAGGCUCCGGAGUUUAGAAAUUGGUCGAUUUCCAAGACAUCACGUGACAAACGUGAUGUGACAGUUGUGUGGAAGUUGCCGCCCCCAAAUACCUGGAAUGGCGUUCCGAACGGGUUUAACCUUGAUUUCUGGCAGCUGUCUUUGGGAGAGAAUGGUUCUUUAACACCAUUACCAAACUCUUCAAGGCACUUGCAUGUUGGCGAUGGUAAUGCGACUAAAGCCACGCUACAAGGUUUAAGCCUCUUUGCGUACUAUCAGACGCAAAUCAGUAUGUGCACAGCUGAAGGAUGUGGACCGAGCAGUGAACCUUUCGCUUUUCCAGGCGAGAGGAAGCCAAGUACAACACCGACUCAUCAGCCCAGUGACAAUAUUGUUUUUAUUUGGGCUGGAAUAGUGGUUGGCCCAAUAGUUUUAGUUGCAGUACCUAUUGGAUUGAUUUGUGCCUGGAGGAACAGGCAAGAUAGGCAGAACAUGGGGCAGCAGCUACCACUGCGGCAGAGAUUACAAUUACGGGUAAUGUUUAUAAUGUUACAUUUCAAUACUUCGUAGAAGUCUUUAUUUUAACCUGCAAUGAUUCAUAGUUUUGUUUUGCAAGUUGGCAGACAAGCAUGGCACAGUCAGCGUGCAAUUGUUCCUUAGGUACAGAGGUGUUACGCAUGUUAAUUAUGUAAAUAACUUAUAAUAAUAAUAACAAUAAUAAUAAUAAUAAUAAUAAUAAUAACAAUAAUAAUAAUAAUAACAAUAAUAAUAGGAGGACUCUAUCCAUCAAGUAAUCCAGAAGACUUAUGACUGCCCUAGGCUCACGGAUUGGACUCGGCACCAUAAAUUAAAG